AGUGGAAAUCCAGCAUCCUUGGACCGUGACUCUAAACCAAGGGCCAGCCCAGGAUCCCCGGGGAGGAAGGGUAAUGAGGCGGGGGGAUGCAGCGCUGGCUCCAACUCCGGCGGAUCUAAUGAAAACACUUUGUCUGGACUCCGCAACACGCAGCUUUACCCGAGCGCCUGCCCGGAGUCGUCGUCCUCUUGCCCAUCCCCGGUGAACAAAGCAAGCGCGUUCCCCAAAACGGAUGACACCGCAACCGAGGGCAAAACCUCCUCCUCUUCCUUUGGGUACGAAAGCGACGAUGACGAGGAUGCGGACUGCAAAGCAGGAGGGGGGAGCCAGGGGGCUUCCCAGCCCACCGACUGCGGCGGGACCAGCCCUGCCAACGAGGAGGCGCAUUACAUUACCACGCACGAAAUCCAGCUCAGCGAGGUGGACCACGACAUGGACUUUGACUUUGGCCUGGCCUCCAGGUGGGACUUUGAAGACAACAAUGUGAUCUACUCCUUCGUGGAUUACGCCUCCUUUGGGAGCGACGAGACCCUCGGGGACACGCAGACGGAGGAGGACAAUAGCUGUUAUCUCAGCACGACCAGCGAUGCCAAUAACCAGACGGACAGCAUCGAUAAUACCAGCAGUACGGAGAUAGUCAGCAUUAACUCUGAAAACGAUACCCCCAGCACAGACAAAUGCGCCAGCUCGGAAGAAAGCCAGCCCAAGAACCCCGGCCACAUGAGUGAGAACCCAGCUGCAGGCCACAUUCUCCUAUCAAUCAAACCGACUUCCCGGGCUAUAAAUGAGCUUAGCAACCUGCAUGAGAAGCAAAACAUUAUUUACGCUGCCAAGCAUGAAGGCGACAUGAGCCUCCGUGUCUCCACAGCUCCCGAACGCAAAGCCAGUUUCAAACAAGACGCGAUUCAUGACCAGGCAAAAAAAUUUAUCGCUGUCCCCGCGCGUUUGCAAACCCGGUGUGGAGCCAUAAGGGCGAAGGAAGUGGGGGGAUAUUCCAGCGGUGCCUCCAGCGCGGUCAGCGAGCUGGAUGAUGCGGAUAAAGAAGUGCGAAACCUGACGGCCCGAGCUUUCCGGAGCUUGGCUUACCCCUACUUUGACACGCUGAACUUCAGCUCCAGGGAGUCCUCCGCGUCCCUUUCGGAUCAGGCGCUGGGGAUCAACCGAUGGUCCACUUAUUUAGACCUGAAGUGCGGCAAUCUCGGGCAGAAACCGGAGCAGAACCUGUUCAAGAGCAGCGCCGAACCUACCGGAUGGCACAGAAGCGCUGGGGCGAAGACAUGCAGUGACCAGUUCUACAUUCGCUCCAACAAAUCGCAGACGAAAGCCCUAGAGUUCGUGGUCAGCAAGCUCGAUGGGGAAAUAACCCACGUGGAAACGCCAGCGUGCUUCGAGAAGCGGAUCCAGUCGGGCUCCCGGGUUGUAACUUUAUUGGAGACGUUGAAUUUUAGCAGCAAUGUUAAUGCUGGUGUCCCCAGACCCGCGAAACGUCCUGGACAUGCUGCCGCAGGGACAGGUUGCGCAGAUGAGCUUCCGGAAACGCUGCCCAGGGAGCCGGGCCAGGAGGCCAGCAAACAAACCGGGCUGGCCGCGGCAGAAGUCCCGGAGGGCACCCCGAAUAAAUCGAAAUUCGCCUCCAGCCUCCUCAAGAAUGUCAUCUCGAAGAAAAUGCAGCGGGAGCACGAGUUCAAAAUGGAGAGGGGGGAGAUCACAGACACUUCGUACACCGGGCUGGCCGCGUCCUUGCCUGGCAAGGAGCAGGAGGGCUCGGCCAGGGAGAAGCUGAAAGAUGGGGGCAUGCAGCGGCAGAACUCCAGGUAUUCCGAGGGCAGCUCUGACUACACGAUUGUGACCGCAGAGGACCCGGGGGACUUUUCUGACAGCAAGUCGCCGACCUCCAAGGCGUCUACCCCUCGCCUAGACCGACCCCUGUCGGAAACGCGCCUGGAGGACGUGUGCGAAAUUAAGAAGAGCGCCUCGGAGGCAAUCAAAGCGACCUUCCUCCGCAGCCAGAACAGCGCGUUCAGGUCCUGGAAAGAGAAAGAGGCAGAGAAGAAAAAAGAAGAGCGAGCUCCCAUCGGGAAACUUCAGUUCUCCUCCGCCAAAUGCGACUGGCGGGCCGAUCUGGGUGAGAUCUCAGCGAGCAAGUCCACUAAAAUGUCUCGUCUCUUCGUCCCAAACAUUCAGCGCACCCCCACGGGAAGGCAGCCUGGCACGCAGGUGACCAAAUACUCCACAGCCACCUAUGCGGCUCGGGCUGGCACCCCCCUAAAGCCCAGAGCCCCCGAGAUCAAGAUCAGCCUGGGCAGCGUGCAGCCAAGCAAGGAUCACCCCUUUGACAUCGCUAAGCUGCUCACCCCCAAACUAGCCGCGACCGCACCGACCCUUUUCAAGGCAGCGGAGGAGCCCCGAGGCCAGGCGCAGAAGGCAUUCAAAGCGGACGGCCUGGACAAAGUGCCGCAAUUCCUGGUGCGCGAUAUAAGAGAAAACAAGCCUAAGGUCCCCGGGCCCAUUCACCAGGUAAGAGACGUCAGGAAACUGAUCAAGAGCUCGUACGGCCACGACUCGGGCGAUACCAACAGCGACAGGAGCAGCGCGCUCUCCGACCAGGGCAGCGCUGAGCAGAAACCGAGGCAGCUGGCCAUAGCCGGGGUCCCCAGGGCCCUGUCUCCCAUGGUGAUCACCUGCCAGGCGGUCAGUAACAGCAGGGAGGACAAGCGGCCGGGCGAGGCGGGGGGCAAGGUGCUGCCUGCCACGGCAGAGGGGACAAUCCUGGUGCACAGGACCUCCGGGAGGCUGCCCGUGGCCACCAUCGCCCCCAACAAGAGCGACCCCCGCUUGCCCGCCGUGCUGAAGAUCGUGUCCAAAGCCUCCGCACCCUGGCGGCAGCAGCCGCCGCCCGCCCCCGCGCCAGCCCCCGCUGAGAAAGGCAAGGGGGCGGACGAGGAGCCGCGGGAGGAGGCCAAGGCGCCGCCCAGCCGCAACGCGCUGGAGAAGCUGACGGCGGCGGUGCGCAGCAUGGAGGAGCUGUACAGCUUCAGCAAGCACGAGUGGAAGCGCAAGAGCGACCCGCGGCCCAUCACCGACAGCCACGUGCUCUCCCUCAUCGCCAGCGAGGAGCGCGGCGGCCGGGCGGCCGCGGGGCCGGCCGAGGCCAGGAGCGCGGCCCCGCCCCCGCCCGCUCCCGAGCGCCAGCCCCGCCCGGGCUCCGGCCCCAAGUCCGACAAGGUCUCGGCCAGGGCGGCCGCGUUCGAGAGCCUGGCGCGGGAACGGCCCCGACCCCUGCCCGGGCCCCGGGGGGAGGCGGGCGCGGCGGACAGAGCCCCCGGCCCGCAGCCGCCACGAAGCAGCGUCUUCACCAUCAGCUCCGCGCAGAAGGCGACGGCGGCCGCCCCGGCCAAGCUCCCCGCCGCGGCCUCGCCGCUCCGCAGCCUGAAGGGCCAGGCCGGGCCGGCCCCGCGCUCCCUCAAGCUCCCCCCGGCCGCCGCCGCCGCCGGGAAGGGGCCUGGCGAAGCCGGGAAGGGCGCGGCCGGGCCCGACUGCGGAACUACCUGGCCAUGCCGCUCAAGGAGCCGCCGGCCGCGGGAGGAGGCGGUGGCGGCCACCCGGGCCCGCUCUCGGCCUCGGCGGCCGCCGCCGCCCUCCAGCCCUUCAGCGCCGCCAAGAGCCGGGGCCGCCUCAGCCCCAAGCAGCAGCAGCCCGGCCCCGCCCCCGCCUGCGGCCGCCCCGGAGCUGCCGCCCGCCGCCAUCUACCAUCAGCCGCUGCCCAUGGCCGCCCUGCACGGCGCGCAGCCCCCGCCGCUGCUCUGCUUCUCGCCGCCCUCGGCCGCCGAGCCCUUCCCGCCGACGCAGCGCAAGGUGCUGCUGGACCUGAGCACCGGCCAGUACUACCUGGUGGACGCGCCUGUGCAGCAGCCCCUCAAGAAGAGGCUCUUUGACCCCGAGACCGGGCAGUACGUGGAGGUGCCCAUGCCCCAGCAGCCGGCCGUGGCCCCGAUGCCGCUCCCCAUCUCCCCGCUGGCGCUCAACCCGGGGCCGUAUGGUGCCACCUACAUGAUCUACCCUGGCUUCCUGCCCACCACCAUGCUGCCAGCUAAUGCCCUGCAGCCCCAGCUCUCCCUCCCGGGCAGCGACGUCAGCGCCCCCGCCGAGACCAGCAGCCCAGGGGCAGCACUGCGGGGAGGAGGAGAGGCCACUUUUGUGGAAAGUCCUUAUUAUAUCGCCACGGGUAAUUCCCAGUCGUCAGCCGCCACUGCCCAGCUCAGGGCUGCAGAGGGGAAGCCGGUCAUCAGUAUCACAUCCCAGCAAAUGGGGCCAAGGAUAAUUGCCCCACCCUCCUUUGAUGGUACCACUAUGAGGUUCGUGGUGGAGCACAGAUGAUAAACCAAAGAGGCUGCUGGAACAAGGAAGAAGAUUUAUCCUCCUUUAAUAUGAAACGUGGUAACACUAGGCAUUCAUCCUUAAAAACUGCUUCCACAGUUUUCUCAUUUUUUGCUUCAUACAAAACAAGUGUGCACAAAUUGAAAUUAUCCUCAGGAUGAAAUGCACUGCACGUAUACAGGUAGUGAGUGAUUUAACAUAUGCUGUUCUCAUUUACCUGCAUCGUUGUGGAAAUCAGACAACAUUUUGGCAAGUUCCUAGCUGAAGUCUGAAGUGAUCACAUUACAGAAUGCUGUGAGCUUGGAAUUUAAGGACAAAAAAUACAGCAAAAAAGCUCUGAGAAUUGCACUAACUGUGUGUUGCACAAGGAGAAAAUUUAAUUAGAUGUGAAUCAUGUGAGAAUGGACUGUUUUAAACCAUUGAAUACCGAAGUUUGUAAUUCAUUGGCAAACAUUUGCAUAUGUUUUUUUUGAAUGUUAUGACAAAUGAAAUGUAUUUUUCAGUAAAAGACACAUUGCAAACAA